AAUGGGCAUAAUUAUGAAGCGAAAAAGGCCCUCUCUAAACAAGAGAUGCAGUCUGCAGGAUCACACAGAGGUCGUGGAGGUGGAUCUGGCAAUUUUAUGGGUCGCGCGGGAAACUUUGGAGGUGGCGGAGGUAAUUUUGGCCGUGGUGGAAACUUUGGUGGAAGAGGAUGCUAUGGUGGUGGAGGUGGUGGCAGCAGAGGUAGUUAUGGAGGAGGUGAUGGUGGAUAUAGUGGAUCUGGAGGAGAUGGUGGCAACUAUGGCGGUGGUCCUGGUUAUAGAAGUAGAGGGGGCUAUGGUGGUGGUGGACCAGGAUACGGAAACCAAGGUGGUGCACACGGUGGAGGUGGUGGAGGAUAUGACGGUUACAAUGAAGGAGGAAGUUUUGGCGGUGGCAACUACGGUGGUGGUGGCAACUCUAAUGAUUUUGGAAGUUAUAGUGGACAACAGCAAUCAAAUUAUGGACCCAGGGAAGGGGGCAGUUUUGGUGGAAGAGGCUCGGGCAGUCCCUAUGGUGGUGGUUAUGGAUCUGGUGGUGGAAGUGGUGGAUAUGGUAGCAGCAGGUUCUAA